CCGCCCGGGAAGCCCAACUCCGCCUGCCUGAGUCACGGCCGGAGCUGGGGAGGAGCCGGGAAAGGCAGCCCCAGCCCAGAGCGCAGCCGGCGGCUGCGGGGAGAGCCAAGCGGGGCGGUCGGGGGUCAUGGGGGAGAGUGCGCUGGAGCCGGGACCUGGGCCCGGGCCGCCGACAGGGGGCCCGGUGCACGCGGUCACCGUGGUGACCCUGCUGGAGAAGCUGGCCACCAUGCUGGAGGCGCUGCGCGAGCGGCAGGGGGGCCUGGCUCAGAGGCAGGGCGGCCUGGCCGGCUCCGUGAGCCGCAUCCAGAGUGGCCUGGGCGCGCUGAGUCGCAGCCACGACACCACGAGCAACACGUUGGCGCAGCUGCUGGCCAAGGCGGAGCGCGUGGGCUCGCACGCGGAUGCUGCCCAGGAGCGCGCCGUGCGCCGCGCCGCCCAGGUGCAGCGGCUGGAGGCCAACCACGGGCUGCUGGUGGCGCGCGGGAAGCUCCACGUUCUGCUCUUCAAGGAGGAGGCAGAAAUCCCAGCCAGAGCCUUCCAGAAGGCGGCGGAGCCCUUAGGCCCGGCGGAACAGGCCGAAGCUGGCCCAGAGCAGCCGGAGGCCGAAGUUGAGGAGAGCUCAGACGAGGAGCCCGUGGAGUCCAGGGCGCGGCGCCUGCGGCGCACCGGGCUGCAGAAGGUCCAGAGCCUGCGAAGGGCCCUAUCUGGCCGUAAAGGCCCUGCUGCGCCAGCACCCACUCCUGUUAAGCCACCUCGCCUUGGGCCUGGCCGGAGUGCCGAGGGCCAGCCCGAAGCCCAGCCUGCGCUGGAGGCCAAGCCAGAGCCAGAACCUCCACGAGAUACCGAGGAAGAUCCCGGGAGAUCUGAGGCUGCCGAUGCGGCUGUGCUUCAGAUAGAAAGUGCGGCCUGAGGGCUGGUGCCGCCGGCCUCCCCCGUGCCUAUGCCUGGUCCCACAGUAAAUCUUCCUCUCCGAAUGCAGCAUUCCCACCCAAAUAAGGAGUGAAUCCUGCAUCCACAGCCCAGCUCUGGCCCUCCCUUCCCGGCUUCUUCAGCCCAGCACUCUCUGAAAGAGGAACAGCCACUCACACCUGCUUGCACUCACCAUCAAUAAAAAUAAUGUCAUCGUA